AUGGUUGGAAGUUUGAUGUAUUUAGAACAAGCCACAAGACCAGAUUUAUCAUAUGCUGUUAAUGUUGCCUCAAGAGUUGAAGACUCACCAACUCAGUCGCACUUUGCAUUACUCAAACGAAUAAUUAGGUAUCUUCAAUCAACAAUUACAGAUGGCAUUAAGUUUACUGUAGUGUUGAAGCCUAUAGUGAUGGUGACCAUGGUGGGGGCAGAGGCACAGACGUCCAACAAGUGGCAUCCUGCUCAAGUUCCAUGGGGGUCAGUUGUGUGGAAAAGUAAAUUACAGCAGUGUGCUGCUCUUUCUGCAGUGGAGGCAGAAUAUGUGGCUGCAAGUAGUCAUCAGUUCUUGUUUUACAAAUUGAUAACCCAAGUGCUAUCAAAUUUAUUCAUGGAUCCAAGUUUUAUAAACGAUCAAAACACAUAG